AUGGCGCACAGGCGGCACGGCUGCGAAGUUUCGCCUCAGACCUCGUGUUGUCUACUCCUAUUGCUGGCGGCGUUCACGGCGGUUAUGAGUAGCCAUUCUGCCUCCGCGGAUGACGCGGCUUCCCUUCCCGAGUCGCUUUCCACCUACUCCAAUGUUGCGUUGCUGGAUCCGCGCUUCGAGCUCUAUUGGACCGUCAACAGCAGCGACGCGACCAUUCACAUGGCAUUGAAUGCAAAAACUACGGGAUGGUUCGCUAUAGGCAUCUCCGAGAUUGGCUCCAUGGUGGGCUCAGAUGCCCUCGUCGCAUGGGUCGCACAGUCCGAAGCCCGCGUGUAUGCGACGGAUCGCUUCAUCUUCAACAAGACGACCGCCGGAAUCGCACUCGACGACAAGCAGGACUGGCACAUUCUGGGCGGCAGUCAGACCAAGAACCAAUCCACGGGCGACACGUGGACCACCGUGCACGUGUGGCGCAAGCUGGACACGGGCGACUGCAACGACCGUCCCAUAGUUCCCGGGAAGCUUCACAACGUCAUCUGGGCGCUGGGCGCCACGGCUGACGUCAGCUACCACAGCUCCGACCGCGGCGCGUCCUCUCUCGUGCUCGCUCCUGCCCCCGGCCCCUCCAUUAUCGCGCCCACGCCUCCCCCUUCCGCCUCCUCCUCCGUCUCCGCCUCCGCGUCCGCGUCCACUGCGUCUGAUUCGCUCCGAGCAUUUGGGAGGUUGGCUGCGCAGCAGCAGGCAGGGAAGCAGCAGCAGCAGCAGGUGGCGCAGGAGAGCAGGCUGAAUUUCACGUUCACCAACUACCGGGUGCCAACGAACCACACGACCUAUCGCUGCAAGGUGGUGGACAUUGCUCUCAAGACCAAGACUCAUGCGGUUGAGUGGGGUAUCGUGCUCAACUCUACUGACAUCUCAGCCGUCCAUCAUGCCAUCAUCUACGGCUGCAAAGCCAAGGAGUACGGCAAUCUCAAGGGCGCUGGGGCCGACUUUGACUGCCUGCACGACAACCCAUGUGGCAUCACUGUCGCCAUGUGGGCUGUGGGCGGCAGACCCUUCACUUACCCGCCCAAUGUCGGAUAUCCCAUUGGCCCUGGAUACUUCACCAAGUUCGUGCUGCAGGUGCAUUUCACCAAUCCCAAGGGCCGCACUGAUCUGAUCGACAACUCCGGGCUGUACCUGAAGCUCGCCCCGUCCCUCCGUCCCAUGGACGCGUCCAUCAUGCUCACGGGCCCCGUGGCAUACGAGUACCUCAUCCGCAUCCCCCCCGCCAUGCCCUCGUGGACGCAAGUCAGCACGUGCCCGGGCGAGUGCACUGCUGCCGUGUUCCAGAACGAGAGUGUGAAGAUCAUUGGGUCUGUGCUGCACCUUCACACUCUUGGGAGGCAGUUGUACACGGAUGUGUUCAGGCGGGGCAGCAAGGUCGCAACUAUCAACCGCCAGGACUAUUACGACUUUGCAUCGCAGCAGACCAUCCCCACCACGCCGGAGUUUGAGCUGUUGCCAGGAGACGAGCUGCGCACCUCGUGUGUGUGGGACUCCACUGCUCGCACCAACGUGACGCUGGGAGGGCCAUCCACGGAGGACGAGAUGUGCAUUGACUACCUCGUGUACUACCCGGCACGUCAGGGCCAAGAGAUGGAUAUGUGUUAUGACAUGUGUGCAUCAUACGAGAAUGACACCCUUGGCAUGGACCCUAACAGCCCUACGCUCGCCAAAUUCUACGCCUGCGGAACCAACUUCAUCCCCACGUACCAGCCCUGCAAGAUCACAUUCGGUGCCAACGUGCCCAUGAAAUUCCUGAAUGGCUGCCCAGCUGAGACCCAGGCAUCUCUGGCAGACAUUCCCUCGGACACCGUAUCUGCACUGCUCUCCUCCCCCGCAACACCUGCACCUGCUGCUGCCCUCCCUCCUCCUGCCGCUGCUGCUUCACCCCCUACCACCCCUGGCAAGGCUGCACAAGCAUCGGAUUUCAACAGUGACAGUGCCAGUGCUGUGAUGGCUGUGGCCCUGCUCUGCUCCGUCAUUGCCCUUCUGAUCUAA